AUGGCCUAUGAGACAGAGAAUCAUGAGACUCAAUACUGCUUUCCCGCCAUCAACUCAUCAUGUAUCAAAGGAAUGCGUUCUAGAUACGAAUACAAUAUCAUGUUUGUGUUUUUCUCAUUGCUGUCAGCAUGGACUGUGUUUCUGAACCUACUUGUGAUCAUCUCAAUCUCUCACUUCAAGAAGCUUCACACACCAACCAACCUGAUCAUUCUCUCUCUGGCUGUGGCUGACAUGCUUGUUGGACUUAUUGUGAUGCCCAUAGAGGCUAAUAGGCUCAUUGAAACAUGUUGGUUCUUUGGAGACACUUUCUGCAGGCUAUUUUUAACAAUGAUGGGACUUCUCUUCUCAGCAUCUCUCAGUAAUUUGGUUUUAGUUGCUGUUGAUCGUUUCGUGGCUGUGUGUCACCCUUUAUUGUACCCACAGAAAAUAACCACAACUAAAACAUUAAUUAUUGUCAUUAUUUGCUGGUUUUGCUCUUCAGUGUAUAACAUUGCGAUAGUUAUGAGUCUCUCAAAUAAGAAAUAUGCAUGUUAUGGAGAAUGUACAAUUAUGAUUACUUCUGACUGGACAGUCCUUAAUCUAUUCUUGUCUUUCUUGAUUCCUUGUACCAUUAUCAUAACAUUGUAUUUGAGGAUAUUUUAUGUUGCACAUCAGCAGGUAAAAGUUAUCAACUCACUGGUGAAGAGUGGAAAACAUGUAAAUGAGGGUUCUGUGAAGAGGAAAUCUGAAAGAAAAGCAGCUCUGACAUUAGGAAUCAUUGUCACAGUUUAUCUAGUUUGCUGGAUUCCCUUCGUUAUUUUGUCGCUAACUGAAAAAACAGGAAUGGCUUCAACCACAGCCUAUGUUCUAUUAUGGUUUUUGUAUAUUAACUCAGGUCUGAAUCCUCUUAUCUAUGCUUUCUUUUACCCCUGGUUUAAAAUGUCAGUUAAGCACAUUCUUACUCUUAGAAUAUUUCAGCCAGAAUCCUCUAUGAUGGACAUUUUUACAGACUGUCAUUCAUAA